AUGCCCAAGACCGACGCAGAGAUCAACACGGAGAAGAUCAACGCCGCUAUCAAAGUGAUCGAGGCGAAAGGCGCGGAGAACGACACGGAACAUGACCUCACAAAGUACAGGCUGGAGGACGGUACGCUCGUCUCUACAAGGGAGCGGAUCAACAGCAAAGUCACGCCCAUCACGAACGUCGUCCCCACGGACGAACAGGUGUUUGACUCCGUGACCGGUGUCCCCAACCACGAGUUUAUCCGUGAACACUUCAAACGAGAGGGGAGACUCACCACCUCGCAGAUCCUCCAUAUCUUGAAACUGGCGAUCGAGUUGCUCUCCAGGGAACCCAACUUGCUGGAAGUCCCAGCACCGGUCACCGUCUGCGGGGACAUCCACGGCCAGUACUUUGACCUCAUGAAACUGUUCGAAGUAGGCGGGGACCCUGCAACGACCCCGUACUUGUUCCUCGGCGAUUACGUCGACAGGGGGUCCUUCUCCAUCGAGUGUCUCAUGUACUUGUACUCGCUGAAACUGAACUUCCCAGAUCACAUUUGGCUGCUGAGGGGGAACCACGAGUGCAAACAUCUCACCUCCUACUUCACUUUCAAGAAUGAGUGUCUGCAAAAAUACAGUAUGAUAGUGUACGACACCUGUUGCACCUCGUUCAACGCGCUACCCCUAGCGGCGAUCAUGAACGGCCAGUACUUCUGCGUUCACGGUGGGAUCUCCCCAGAAUUGAACUCCGUAGAGGACGUCAACAAAAUCAACAGGUUCAGAGAGAUCCCCUCUAGGGGGCUCAUGUGCGACCUCGUUUGGGCAGACCCAGUGGAAACGUACGACGAGGAUAUGGACGAUAAACACCUGUUCGUGCCCAACGAGGUCAGAGGUUGCUCCUACGCGUUCACGUACGCGGCGUCCUGCCAGUUCCUACAGAAGACGGGGCUCCUCUCCAUCAUCAGAGCCCACGAAGCACAGGACGCAGGGUACAGGAUGUACAAGAACACAAAGACUCUCGGGUUCCCGAGCCUGCUGACCUUGUUCAGCGCACCAAACUACUUGGACACGUACAAGAACAAAGCAGCGAUACUCAAGUACGAAAACAACAUCAUGAACAUCAGACAGUUUAACAUGUCACCACACCCCUAUUGGCUCCCCGAUUUCAUGGACGUGUUCACUUGGUCCUUGCCCUUCGUGGGGGAAAAAGUCACCGAGAUGCUAGUGUCCAUAUUGAAUAUAUGCACAGAGUACGAACUAGAGGAGGAAACACCAGUGAUACAGGACAGAGUCGGGAAAAUCACAACAGGUGCGACCCCUAAUGAUGCCGCCGCCGUCGAAACUCGCGAGCACAAGUCGAUCCUCGACGACGAGCACAGGAGAAUGGCUCUGAGAAAUAAGAUCCUCGCCAUUGCAAAAGUGUCAAGAAUGUACUCCGUGCUUAGGAAGGAGAGCGAUAAAGUUCAGCACUUGAAGGACAUGAAUAAAGGUAUGCUGCCUCGCGGCGCACUGGCUCACGGCACGGACUCCCUGAAUGAAACGCUUUCCGAGUUCGAAAGAGCAAAGAAGGCCGAUAGGAUCAAUGAGAAAUUGCCCCCAGCACUGGAUGAAGCGAGGGAAUCCAAAAAGAAGUAUUACAAGGAUAUCCUUAGGCGAGCCAGUAGUGACGAUAAUAUCAAAAGUGGUCUGAACCAAUGA